GUCUUGCAGAAAGUGCACCACUGCAGGAGUGUGCAGUUUCUUCACACCGUGACCAGAUCUAAAAGUACAGCCAUGAAUGCCACUCAACAACAGCAGAACAACCAGACAGCACUGAAAAAAAACAGGUCCAAGAAGAACACUAAUCAUUUCACAGAUAUGCAUGAUCUGCCUUGCAUCGAAAAGAUUGUGUGCACUGUCGGCGAGACUCCACAUCCCAUCCAAACAAACAUCACGGGCAAAUUCCCAGAAUGGAUCAACGGCAGUUUCCUGAGGAAUGGCCCGGGGAAGUUUGAAAUCGGAAACCAGAAGUUCAACCACUGGUUUGAUGGCAUGGCUUUGUUACAUCAGUUUAAAAUUUCCAAGGGGCAGGUGACUUACAGGAGCCGCUUCCUUUCCAGUGACAGUUACCAGGCCAACAAUGAAAAGAACCGGAUUGUUGUUUCAGAAUUUGGAACAGUCAGUGUGCCAGACCCUUGUAAAAACUUUUUCCAACGCUUCCUCUCAAGAUUUGAAUUACCAAAGCACACAGAUAAUGCCAAUGUGAGCGUUGUGACCUACAAAGGCGAUUACUAUGUCAGCACAGAAUCAAACAUGAUGCACAAGAUUGACCCUGAGACGCUGGAGGCAACCAAAAAGGUGAACUGGAGGGAUUUUAUUGCUGUUAACAGCGCCACCGCUCACCCUCACGUCGAUGUUGAUGGAACAACAUACAACAUGGGGAAUUCAUUCUCCCAUAAAGGGUCAUAUUACAACAUUAUCCAAGUGCCUCAAAUGAAAUACAGCACUGAAGAAACCCUGGAGGGAGCCAAGGUGCUUUGCUCUAUUCCCUCAACGGACUCUGCCAAACCCUCCUACUUCCACAGUUUUGCAAUGUCUGAGAACUACGUGGUAUUCAUUGAGCAGCCCCUCAAAAUGGACCUGUUGAAAAUCGUAACAAGCAAGUUGACAGGAAAGAGCAUUAGCGACAGCUUCUUCUGGGACCCCAAACUCAAAACAAUCUUCCAUCUUGUUCCGAAAAAAAACGGGAAGGUGAGCUCCUUCCAGUAUCUUGCUCAGCCACUGACAACCUUCCACCAAAUCAACGCCUUUGAGGAAGAUGGUCAUUUAAUCAUAGAUAUGUGCGCAUCAGAUGAUGGCAGGAUAAUUUCAAACUACAAUAUCCAGAACCUUCGCAAGUCAGGGGAAGAUCUCGAUGAGGUGUAUAACACACAAUGUAGAAUCUUCCCACGUCGCUUUGUUCUUCCACUCAAUGUUGAUGAGAAAACACCGUACGACCAGAACUUGAACGGCUUGCCUAACAGCUCAGCCACUUCGUUCAGGAUUGCCAAGAAAAAGAUAUUCUGUACCCAUGAGGAUCUCCAUGGUGAAGACCUUCAUGAGUACGGCGGUCUCGAGUUUCCUCAGAUCAACUACGGCAAAUACAACACACAGCCCUACCGCUACUUCUAUGGCUGCGGCUUCAGACACCUUGUCGGCGACACACUGAUCAAGAUGGACAUUCGAGGAAAACACAUGAAGGUCUGGGAACAACCUGGCCUAUAUCCCUCAGAGCCUGUCUUCGUACCUUCCCCAGAUGCCACAGAGGAGGAUGAUGGUGUUAUUUUGUCCGUGGUCAUCACUCCAAAUAAGGACAAGAGCACAUUCCUCUUGGCUUUGGAUGCUAAGACCUUCGAGGAGCUGGGCAGGGCAGAGGUGCCAGUUAAUAUCCCGUAUGGCUUCCAUGGAACAUUCAUUGCCACAGCCGUUUAGCCAUUUGAUGGUUUAUCAUAGUUCAUACUGCACUAGAGUCGAUACGUAUAUGACUCCGCAUCUCAAAUAGGGCCAUAUUUUAUUUCAAGUAUUAUCAUAUUUAUGGUUGUUUGUCUGUAUGUGUCUUGCGACCGGGUGGUGAUUAGUUCAGCAUCUACUAGGACACCUGAAAACCGGAAGAGGAUAUGUUGCUUCCUCUUCAUCAAGGAGGUUUUAUUGUCAAUUGUGAUUCUAGAUAAACUCUUGUUUGUAAUCCUUUACGAUAUACUUUUUUCUUCUUUCAAAAAUAAACAAAUCAAUGUAU